CCAAAGGGUGGAUGGGAAAAGGAUGAAACUCAACAACAAGCAGCAAUGCGAGAAACCUGGGAAGAAGCAGGUAUUAAGGGUAUCAUCACUAGACACAUUGGCGUCUUUGCCGAAAAAUCCAAGACAGGUGUGAAAGCACAUCAUUGGAUCUAUGAAAUGGAAAUUAUCGAAGUGACAAAAAAGUUUCCCGAAAUGAAGAAGCGAGAACGUCGUUGGGUAAGCUAAACCAUUUUUUUUAAAAAAAAAAUAAGAGACCAAUGUAUAGAAAAACGUGAGAGAAAGGGACUCACAUUCAAUUUUUUCUUUCUUUUUAGUUUACGUAUGAUGAAGCCAUGUUGGUGGUAAAAGCAUCGUAUAUCCAUGACGCAUUAAGCAUGUCUAGCUUGAGUCCACUAGUCCAUCCUAACCCAGAAUCACUCCAGGACAAUGAAAAGAAGAAGGAAAAGAAAAAGGAAAAGAAAAAGAAGCAACAGGAACUAGAGGAAGCUCUUCUUACAGAAAUAGACUUGGAAGAACAACGUUUAAAGAAAGAACGAAAGAAGGAAAAGAAGCGUGAAAAGAAGGAGAGAAAAUUAAGAGAGGCUGAAGAACAAGUCACCUCCGACGAAGAUGAACAAGGUGUACCUCUCACAGACGAUCAAAAGAAGCAACGCAGACUCACUCGUCUCGAAAACGCUGCUGCUGCUGCUAUUUCUACCGAUGAAGAAAAUUCAGACAAGGAAGAGGAAAAGAAAAAAAAGAAAAAGAAUAAGAAUAAGGGUAAAAAAGGUGAAAUAUCCGAAUUAACAGAGGAGGAAAUGAAUCCCAUGUUUAGUUCAUCGACCUUGAAUACCGUCCGUAGUACAGAACAAAAAGCAAUCGAUGAAGACAAGUAUAAACCCAUCGUUCAACAUUUACCUCUCAAUCAACAGUUACGUCAAACCCAUAUUUCUUCACAUCCUCCUCAACCACAUCAAUUCCCUAUCCCCCAGCCUCAAUUUGGCUCUCCUCAGCCAUCUCGCUCCACACCACCACAACAAAGACCUUCUCCUCAACAACAACAACAACAGCCACAAAAUAGACCUGCUCCCCAACAGAUACAACACCAACAAAGACCUUCCCCUCAACAACAACAACAACAACAACAGCAGCCUAUGCGCUCGCAACAAUCCAUGCACUCGCAACAAUCCAUGCACUCGCAACAAUCCAUGCACUCGCAGCAGUCAAUGCACUCUCAACCAUCCAUUCAUUCUCAGCACUCACCGCAGUCAUCCCCUAUGCACUCACCGCCGAUGACCAUGGGGUCAAGACAACACAUGCCACCCCAAGGGAGACCACAAUUAUAUUCUCCCAACGGUACUGCAUCCGCCGCCGUUGCCAUUGCAGGAGGAGGAGGGGGGGGUCCAGGACAGAGACCCCCAGCCAUAGGGGGAUAUUCCCAACCACAAGGAGGAGGAGCACCACCACGUAAUGCACAUGGACAACCCUCUUUUGGGGGAGCUUCGUAUCCAGGACAACCGUAUCAAAGAUCGCCACCACAACAACAGUAUGGUGUACCCUCUGCUACAAGACCACGUAACCAUCAUGUUGUAGAAGAUCAUUUUUAAAUAAAAUAAGAAAAAGCUAAAAAAAAAAAAAAAAAAAAAAAAAGAAAACUGUCAUAUUUUACCCACACAGAUACCGUGACAC